AUGGCGGCUGGACUCUCCGCCGCCGUAACAUUCAAACCACUCAACCGCUCUUUCCCUUUCUCCUCCUCCAAUUUCCGUCUCCGCCACCAGAAAUCCACCGUCGGAUUCCCUCAUUCUCUCCGAUUCAAAGGCUUCUCCGUCUGUUACGUCGUCGAAGAGCGGAAACAGAGCUCUCCAAUCGAAAACGACAACGAGAGAAGCGAGAGCACGAGCUCCUCCGCCGAAUUCCUCGCGUUGCGUUUAGCGGAGAAAUUGGAAAGGAAGAAAUCGGAGAGGUUCACGUACCUAAUCGCUGCAGUUAUGUCAAGCUUCGGUAUCACUUCCAUGGCUAUUAUGGCUGUUUACUACAGAUUCUCUUGGCAAAUGGAGGGAGGUGAGAUCCCAAUUUUGGAGAUGUUUGGUACAUUUGCUCUCUCUGUUGGUGCUGCUGUUGGUAUGGAAUUCUGGGCAAGAUGGGCUCAUAAAGCUCUUUGGCAUGCUUCUUUGUGGAACAUGCAUGAGUCUCACCAUAAACCUAGAGAAGGAGCGUUUGAGUUAAACGAUGUGUUUGCUAUAGUUAACGCUGUUCCUGCGAUUGCUCUGCUCUCUUAUGGUUUCUUCAAUAAAGGACUCGUUCCUGGUCUCUGCUUCGGAGCUGGUUUAGGAAUAACGGUGUUUGGGAUAGCCUACAUGUUUGUCCACGAUGGUCUGGUGCACAAGCGCUUCCCCGUAGGUCCCAUCGCUGAUGUUCCUUACUUCCGAAAGGUCGCCGCUGCUCACCAGCUACAUCACACAGACAAAUUCAAUGGUGUACCAUAUGGACUGUUUCUUGGACCCAAGGAAUUGGAAGAAGUGGGAGGAAAUGAAGAGCUAGAGAAGGAGAUAAGCCGGAGAAUCAAAUUAUACAACAAGGGUUCGGGUUCCGGGUCAAGUUCUUGA